CCCGAUUUAGCCGAGCGAGGUAGGAGGAGUCUGGGGCAAUACUCCCUUUCCUGUGUUUUCUCUCCGGCCCCGUCCUGUCGGAUGGAGAUCCUGGAUGGCGGCUGGCUGCGCUCCUCCCAAGCUGCAGGAGUUCAUCCUCACCGAGAAGCUGGGCAGUGGAUCCUACGCCACGGUUUAUAAAGCCUACAGGAAGGUGAACAACCGCGAGGUGGUGGCCAUCAAGUGCGUGAAUAAGAAGAGCCUGAACAAAGCUUCGGUGGAAAACUUGCUAACGGAGAUCGAGAUCCUGAAGACAGUCGAGCACCCUCACAUCGUCCAGCUGAAGGACUUCCAAUGGGACGGCGAGAACAUUUACCUCAUCAUGGAGUACUGCGCGGGAGGCGACCUCUCACACUUCAUCCACAGCCGCCGGGCCCUCCCGGAGCGAGUGGCGCGCCGCUUCCUGCAACAGCUCGCCUCUGCCCUGCAGUAUCUCCACCAGCGCAACAUCUCACACCUUGACCUGAAGCCGCAGAAUGUUCUUCUGAGCUCCCGGACCUACCCACACCUCAAGCUGGCUGACUUUGGCUUCGCACAGCACAUGUCUCCUUGGGACGAGAAGCACGUUCUGCGAGGGUCCCCGUUGUACAUGGCCCCUGAGAUGGUGUGCCAGCAGCAGUACGAUGCCCGGGUGGAUCUGUGGUCUGUUGGAGUAAUUCUGUACGAAGCAUUGUUCGGACGACCACCGUUCGCAUCGAAGUCCUUCACGGAGCUGGAGAGUAAAAUCCGCAGCAACAAGGCAGUUGAGCUCCCUCCGGGCGCACGGGUCUCCCCUGACUGCAGGGAUUUGCUGCUCCGACUGCUAGAGAGAGACCCAGAGCAGAGGAUGAUGUUCGAGGAGUUCUUCACUCACCCCUUCGUUGAUUUGGACCACAUGCCGGGUGCAGACAGCCUGGAGAAAGCAACGGCGCUGGUGGUGGAGGCAGUGAAGAAGGAUGAAUUUGGUGACUACCCUGGCGCACUCUCUCUCUACUGCAGAUCCCUGGAGUACUUUGUCCCUGCUCUGCACUACGAACUGGACUGCCGACGGAAGACAGCCAUCCGCACGAAGGUAACUCAGUACAUCUCCAGGGCGGAGGAACUGAAAGCACUGGUCGCCAAGGGCAACCAAGCCAACUUUGAGCAGGCCAAGUCAGUCAGAAUCCUGUUGAAAGAGAUGUCUCAGGACAAGCCCCGACUACUUGCUGCGUUGGAGAUGGGCUCAGCUGCCGUUGCCCAGGAAGAACACGGGGACGACUCGGCGGACACACUACAGCUGUACCAGCAGAGUCUGGGCGAGCUCCUGCUCAUGCUGGCUGCUGAACCACAGGGGAAAAGACGGGUGAUGUUACAUGCAGAGAUCAAAAAUCUCAUGAGUCGAGCUGAAUAUCUGAAGGAGCAGUUGAAGAUGCGGGAGAAUCAGAAAGAAGCAGCGUCCAUGGACCAGGAUCUCUUUUCGGAGACGGUCAAGAGCAGUUGUUUGCUCCAGUAACUACACAUCAGAAAGUCUCAGUGCUGAUAUCUCACAACUUCUCUCAAACGUAACUGGGGGUAACUCCCACAUAACUUCACUGUAAGGUGGUACAAACCAUCCCUGUGUGUUAGCUGACCCUUGAGUGAAGCAGUGACCAGUACCGUAAAUCAAACUAGUACAAGUUUAAUUUUAAAGCUUACGUGCUUCAAAAGAAAGAUCAUUCUUAUUAGAAAGUUUAAUUUUUCAUAGAGGUAAUAUAUUUACCAAAUAACUGCUCAGGGGGAGCAGUAUUAUUUAAGCUUAGCCUAAGUUAGGCUUUUAAUUUUAGGAGUGUUCUCCUUAGUCCUGUGUUUUUUUUCCUCACCUGAAGGUCUGACCAGUCACUUUGAUUUAACAGUUUUUCUUCAAGGGGCAGUCGGGCCAGUUGCACUAAUGGGAGGUGACCACUGACCUCCAGCCCCAACGGGUUAAAGAAAGGCAAAAUCAAAUCAGUUGCUAACACUGUGCUCUUCACAGCCUCUGCUUAUUCCCUGAGGCUGGGCAAACAUUACAGAAGCUGUCCCACGGCUUGUGGAGAAGUCAUUGUGGAAGCCAGUUUGUAGAAUCUUCUCUGAGGGUCCUUUGCAGGGAGGGAUCAGCUUCUUCACUGUGAAUAGGAGUAGACUAUUCAGCCCUUCAAUCCUAUCCCAGUGAGGUUAUUAGUUAAAGUCUUCCACUAAGAUUCUAGAUUGCUUAUUGUCAUUCUUUACUAUACGAGUGUUCAGAACAGAAUGAUUGUUACUCCGGAUUUGAUGCAGCAAUUUAAAAAAAAACUAAGCAUUAAGAGUGUGGCGCGUGGCUAAGGCGCUGGACUAGUGAUCGUGUCGUGUCCUUGAGCAAGGCACUUAACCACGCAUUGUUCCAGUCCCCCCAGCUGAAAAUGGGUACCGGCAGAAUGCUGGGCGUUAACCUCGUGAAAGACUGGUGAUCUAUCCGGGGCGGGGGAUUCUCGUACUCUCAGUCAUUUCACGUCACGGAAACCGGCAUAAGCACCGGCCUGAUGAACCUAUAAGGUUCAGGACAGACUUUAACUUUAUUUUAAGCAUUAAGAACAUAAUAAAAAAAAUAAAACCACAAUCAAUAUUAAAGCAAUCCUAUGGAACACACUGUGCAAGUAACUAUUGAGUGUGGCCAUAUAUACAUAGACUGAUUGUCCGUAUGUAAAGUGAUGCUAGGUGAUGUGGAUGUAGUGGUGGUGAGAGUUGUGUUGUGGGUUAGUGGGUAGAGGUGUUGAUCAACCUGACAGCUGGGGGGGAAGUAACUGUUUUUGAGUCUGGUGGUCCCGGCAUGGAUACUAUAUAGCUGCAUCCAAACAGUUGGACAAAUAGCCCAUGAAUUACGUCAUUACUAGAUUCGCAAUAGAUCUCAGUACAUUGUGGACAUGAACUAUGAAUUUCUCAAGUUUCAUCAUCAAAGAGUUCUUUUGCAAUGAUGGGUGUGACAUAGGAGUUGGAAGAGGGCAUGAAGUUGUAGCUCCCUUCCUCACGGUGGCAGCCUGUCUCCUUCAUCUCUCCCAGCCCAGUUAUUCCAUUGUUCCAUUUCCUUUGCAUUUCAGUCUUAAAAGAAGACCAGGACAGGAAUAGUUAAUCUGUCCCGGGCUGUGUGAAACUGUUGCUUAUCACUAAACGGUCUGAAUUACUGAGAUAAAGAGAUAUAAAGCAGUUAACAAGAGAUAAAGAUAAAUUUGAUUUUAAUUUGUCACAUGUACAUGGAAACAUUCAAUGUAAUGCAUCAUUUGCUCAAACCAAAUCAGCGAGGAUUGUGAUGGGCAGCCUGCAAGUGUCUCCAUGCUUCUGGCACCAACACAAUAUGCCCAUAGUUCCGUAACCCUGACUUGUACACCUUUGGGAUGUGAGCAGAUACCAGAGCACCUGGACGAAACUUAUGCAGUCAUGGGGUGAAUGUACAAGCUCCACACAAACAGCACUGUUGAUUGAGAUUGAACCCAGGUCUUCUGGAGUUGUGCAGCAGCCAGUCGACUAGUUGAGCCACAGUGCCUCCUGUGACUGAUCAGUGCUACAAUUAACUUGGAGCUCUGUGUCUUCCCUCUCUGGCGACAGCCCAGUCAAGCUGGGGCCAGGGUGGCAUUUUAGCUUUGGCAAGGGAGGGGCUCCAGUGCUGCUUCUCAACUGGAAAUGCAUUAACUCAAGGAACUGAAUCAGGGGUUCAGUGUCCAAGUAAUUUUGUUUACUAGGUUAAUGAGCCACAAGACAUAGGAGCAGAAUUAGACCAUUCAGCCCAUUGAAUCUGUACCACCAUUCCAUCAACUGAUUUAUUAUCCCUCUCAACCCCAUUCUCCUGCUUUCUCCUUGUAUCCUUUGACUCCCUUCCUAAUCAAGAUCUUGUCAACCUUGAUUUCACAUACCUCCAAAGACCGUAAGACUUCAGAGCAUAAUUAGGCCAUUCAGCUCAUCUAGUCUGUUCCACGAUUCAUGGCUGAUUUAUUAUCCCUGUCAAUCCCAUUCUCCCCAUAACCUUUGAUGCCCCAACUAAUCAAGAACCUAUCUACCUCUGCUUUAAAUAUACCCAACGUCUUGGUUCCACAGCUGUCUGUGACAAUGAAUUCCACAGAUUCACCAUUUUCUAGCUAAAGAAAUUCCUCCUCAUUUCUGUUGUAAAGGGACAUCCUAAUCUGAGGUUGCGUCCUCUGCGUAGAUCUGGUCUCCACAGCUGUCAGGGUAGAACAUAGUUCCCCUUUCAGGAUGAGCUGCACACUUUAUUUAAUAAAUUACUCCUUUGCUCAUUUCUUUGACAACUUUCAUAUUUUAUGAGGAUUUAUUUAAUGACUGAUGAACCACUUCACUGUUUAAUGUUUCUGUCGCUGAUUCUACUUGUCUUGUUAACGUCACUUAAUGGAUGAUGUAAGUUAUGAUGGUCUCAAUAAAAUAAAGUUUAAACUCUG